CCCAUUUCUUCAUUAGAUUUCUUUUUCUCUCUUGGAAAUUGAUGGGCAAUAGGAAACACAAUUUCAAAUUCUCUCUCCCCUCUUAUCCUUCCACAGUAACCAAUACCAAAAGUGUCUCAUGAGCCUCUUUCUCUCUCCUCUUUUCCCUCUCUCCUUUAGUAAAGACCUAGAGUUUAUCUUCUUUUCUUGCAGGGUUUAAUCGCUUCUUAAAUGGGUUUAGAUCAACUUCUCCUUUAAUUUGAUUCCUUGUAGACUUGAGACUAGUCUAGUAGGUUUUGGUGGGCUAUCACAAAGAGAAGAAAAAUAAAUAAAGAUGAAGUCAAAGUCAAAUUUGAAAAAGGUUUAGACUUGGAACAAGAUAUAUAUCAUCAUCUUCAUGCUCUAUAGCUUAUGAUUAGCUUAUGAGAAGCUAAAGUUAUGAUUAAUUCUUUAAUCAAAUAGCUAGGGCUUUGGAGAGAGAGAGAGAGGGGUUAAAAAAAAGGUUUUAAUCUUUGUUUAAGAAAAAGUUAAAACAAGAUUAGGGUUCCAUUUCAGAAGCUCAAGAUCAAGUAGAUGGAGGUUAGAGAGAAGAAAGAUGAUAAAAUAGAGAUGGAAAGAAGACAAUCAUCAGCUAACCAAAACAUUCAAGAUCAUCCUCCGUACACUUACUCCCAAACCGCCGACAAAGAGAAACCCACCACCAAAAGAAACGUGUCGGAUCCGGAUCCGAAUCCUAUCUCUAUAGCUCCAGCUCCAAGGUCACACUCUCGGGCUCAAACAACUUCUCCGACAAGGAACGUGAGAUAUAGAGAAUGCCAAAGGAACCACGCGGCGAGCUCCGGCGGACACGUGGUCGACGGUUGCGGCGAGUUUAUGUCGUCAGGCGAAGAAGGCACGGCGGAGUCGCUUCUCUGCGCCGCAUGCGAUUGUCACCGGAGUUUCCACAGAAAAGAAAUCGACGGCAUGUUCGUUGUCCAAUUCAAUAGCUUUGGUCAUUCACAGAGACCUCUCGUUAACCGCCACGUGUCUCCGAUCAUGAUGAGCUUUGGCGGUGGCGGAGGAGGAGGAGGAAGAGAUCCGGCGGUGGCGGAGUCGUCGACGGAGGAUCUCAAUAGGUUCCAGCAAGCUUUAAGUGGUGACGGACCGGAUCAGUUUCAGUACCAUCCGAAGAAGCGGUUUAGGACAAAGUUUAACCAAGAACAGAAGGAGAAAAUGUUCGAGUUUGCUGAGAAGAUUGGUUGGAGGAUGAACAAGACCGAAGACGAAGAAGUGAACCGGUUUUGUCGUGAGAUUAAUGUGAAAAGACGAGUGUUUAAAGUCUGGAUGCACAACAAUAAGCAAGCGGCCAAGAAGAAAGAAACGUAAGAGACUUUUUAUUACAUAUGUACUCUGUGUUACAAAAAAAAAAAAAUAUUGAUUUUAAAGCUCAGCAUAAAGAUUCCUGAUUUUUUACCCUUUUCAUUUACGGAUUCGUAUGUGUAAUUUGACGAUCGCUUGACCUUAUGUCCUUAAUUGGUUUCUUUGAAUUU